AUGCCCACAGCAAAAUGUGGUAAAUCUUGUGCAGAGAAUGCUUUUGAGCGCCUUGUGAUGGGGGAUAAAGCUCAAUGCCUUGCAAUAGAUAGGCAUUUUCAAAAUGAAAAAACCCAAGCACUUGAUUGUGUUUACAGAUAUUGGAACGAUUGUGCUAAAGAUGAAUACCGCAGCCUUGGGACUUCGAUUCCUUCAACUGAACAGAUAUCCUAUGUGUUAAGCAACUUCAAAGGAAAUGUUGGGCAGUUCGUGUGUCCAUCAAGCCUAUCAGAGGAAGAGAAGAUAGGAAGUAUUCUAAAUCUUUAUAGAGCUUCCUUAAUUGCUUUUUUAGAGGAGAAUAUUAUGGACGAGGCUAAAGCCUUUGCAAUAACAUAUUUGAAUGAAGCUCUAGAGAAGACUGAUAUCACUUCCCAUCUUUCACGAAAGUUUGUUUAUGCAGCUACAGGGUUCGUGACAAGAAUAAAGCAGUCAGUCCAUCGGCAAGAGCUUCAAUCAAUAUUACAAUGGUGGAAGGAUUCAGAUUUAGACAAAGUGGAUUUUGCUUGUCAUCGUCAUGUAGAAUAUUUUGCGUUGGCAUGUGCAUAUUGUAUAGAUGCUAAGUAUUCUGCCUAUAGACAUGAUUUUGCAAAGCUUUGUGCUCUUGCAACCAUUGUGGAUGAUAUCUAUGAUACUUAUGGAACUAUUGAAGAGAUUAAACUCUUUAAUGAAGCUGUUAAGAAGUGGGAUUCUUCUCUUCCAAAUAGUCUUCCCAAAAAUAUUAAAAUUGCAUAUAAAGCAUUUUAUAUGGCAAUAAAUGAAAGUGCACAAGCAACAAAGAAGACUCAAGGACGAGACAUGCUCCCUUAUUCACGCGAAGUUGUAUGAAUUCAAAUCUAUUACUCAUUUCAAAAUUUA